GUUGCCAAAGAAGUCCACAUUGCAUCAAGAUCUGUUGCUGAUGAAGCCAUUGGAAAGCAGCCUGGCUAUGAUAACAUGUGGCUUCAUUCUACGGUAAAAGAACUCACCCAUGGUAAGAAUUGGGUGGCCAUAUGAUGAAAAGUUCAUCAAGGGAAUUGUCUUUGACCCUGAUGCUAGAAGAUAGGUAGAUCCUAAGUUUUGAUAUAAUUUAAACCGCUGCAGAUCAAAAGUGCCCAUGACGAUGGAAGUGUUGCUUUCCAAGAUGGGAGUGUUGUCGUUGCUGACAUCAUUCUUCACUGCACAGGAUGACAACCGUGUGGGGCCACUGUACAAGCAUGUCUUCCCGCCAGCAUUGGCUCCUUCACUUUCCUUUGUUGGGUUACCAUGGAAGGUUGUUCCUUUCCCACAGUUUGAACUUCAGAGCAAGUGGAUAGCAGGUCUUUUGUCUAAUCGAAUUGCACUUCCAUCCAAAGAAGAAAUGAUGGAGGAUAUCAAAGCUUUCUACUCAUUACUUGAAGCUUCUGGCAUUCCUAAACGAUACACUCAGAAUUUGGGGGAUUGUCAGUUUGAAUAUAACGACUAGCUUGCAGCUCUGUGUGGGUGUCCAGUCUCCGAAGAAUGGAGAAAGAAAAUGUACUUGGAAGUUUCAAAGAAUAAGCAUGCCUGACCAGAGACUUAUCGGGAUGAGUGGGAAGACGACCAUUUAGUACUGCAUGCUCAUGAGGACUUCAAGAAAUACACCUUAAAUGGAGUUACCAAAAAAUGAUUAAGUUUAUAAAGUGUGUCUGUUCCUAACCUUGUGAUUGUUUCCCCCCUACAAGGUUUAGGUUCAACUCACAAAAGUUUAUGAUCUUUGACUUGAAUGAUGUUGUCCCAAAAGAAGAUUUUGAAUGAUGAGUUAAAGAUGGAUGAAUAAAAUUUAAGUUGGUUUCUUUA